AGGGGCAGCGUAGGAGGGCCAGGGCGGGGCCAGGCCCGGGGCGUCCUCCCCUCCGCUCCGCCCCCGCAUGAUACAAAAGGGCCUCUGUCCUCAUUACAGCAAGGGAUCAGUGCGGUGGCUCCCCUACGCUCCCUGGUUUUGACUGCAAGGGAAAAAGACUGCCUCGGUGGCUUUCCUCUAUCUCCCGGUCUCGGCACAAGCCCAAGAAUACAGCCAGAGGAACUUGAGAAUCUGCCCCCAGUCCGCAGGCACUGCUGCAGCGCCCACUUGCUUCGCUUCCAGUGGCGCAACCUUCGGGGAUCCCACUUCAGCACGCGGAGGGCGGCAGCAGAGAGCCCUUUAAGGGGCGGGGCCAGUGCUUCCCCAGGACCGCCCCCACUGGUUCGACUCCGCGCUUGCAGCACUGGCUCGCGCCUCCGCCAACCGCUUUUACUUUUCCUUCCCGUGUCUUCCCCGGUGACCCCGGAAGUGGAAGUAGCCCCAGGUCGGCGGCCGCGGCGGGGACGGAAGGCGGAAGCACAGAGUGAACGGGAGGCGGAGCCGGGGGAGCUGUUCUCGUAGCUCCUCCUGGCCCUCGGCCCAGCUGCUCGAGGGGGAGGAGUUACCGCUGCUCUUCGGCAUCAGAACUUACCAUGAUGGCUGUGACCUAAAAUCCUCAGGAAGCCCUGGGGUCAUGGCCCAGAAGCACCCCGGAGAAGGAGGGUUGUGUGGAGCCCACCACAGUGGUGGUGCCUCCCUCAGGACUUUAGGACCCUCUGUGGACCCUGAAAUACUUUCAUUCUCAGGACUCAGGGACUCAGCUGGGCCUGCUCCUAAUGGUACCCGCUGCCUCACAGAGCACUCUAGUCCUAAGUACACACAGCCCCCAAAUCCAGCCCACUGGUCAGAUCCAAGCCAUGGCCCUCCAAGGGGUCCAGGACCCCCUAGGGAUGGAGAGGACCCUGAUCAGAGUGAGGCAUCUUCAGAAGAGUCAGGAGUGGACCAGGAACUCUCAAGACAGAAUGAGGCUGGGUACCGGGAGGAUGGGAAUCCUUCUUUUCUUUCCAUUCCACCUGCUUGUAACUGCCAGGGAACCCCUGGAAUCCCUGAAGGGCCUUACUCUGAAGGAGGAGAUAGCUCUUCUAGCAACUUUUGCCACCAUUGUACCUCUCCAGCUUUGGGGGAAGACGAAGAGUUGGAAGAGGAAUAUGAUGAGGAGGAACCUCUUAAGUUUCCUAGUGAUUUUUCACGUGUGCCCAGUGGAAAGAAACCUGCAGCCCGGAGACAACGGCACCGCGUUCCAGCCAAGGAGGAUACUCGGGAGGGUGGACGCAGAGAUCCCAGAUCCCCUGGUCGACAUCGGCUGGGUCGGAAGCGGAGUCAGGCAGAUAAGCGCAGAGGACUGGGAUUGUGGGGAGCAGAGGAACUGUGUCAGCUUGGACAGGCAGGCUUCUGGAGGCUGAUCGAACUGCUGGUAUUAGUGGGGGAGUACGUGGAAACUUGUGGCCAUCUCAUCUAUGCAUGCAGGCAGCUGAAAGGCAGUGAUCUGGACCUUUUUUGGGUCUGGGUGGGAGUCUGGGCAGGGUGGCUGGGGGGCAGGGCCCAGGUGAUGUUCCAGUUUCUGAGCCAAGGGUUUUGCUAUGGGGCAGGGCUGUUCACCCGUUUUCUUAGGCUACUGGGUGCUUUGCUGCUUCUGGCUCUGGCCCUUUUGUUGGGCUGUCUACAGUUGGGCUGGCGGUUUCUGGUAGGACUGAGUGACCGGUUAGGCUGGAGGGGUAAAGCCACCUGGCUCUUCUCUUGGCUAGCUUCUCCCACCUGGCAGCGGUGCCUGAUUCUGCUGAGAGAGAGCAGGCCGUGGCAGCAGCUGGUAAGAAUAGUUCAGUGGGGUUGGCUGGAGUUGCCUUGGGUCAAGCAGAGGACCAAUAGGCAGGGUAAUGCACCUGUAGCUAGUGGUCGCUACUGCCAGCCUGAAGAGGAAGUGGCUCGACUGUUGACCAUGGCUGGGGUUCCUGAGGAUGAGCUAAACCCUUUUCAUGUGUUGGGGGUUGAAGCCACGGCAUCCGAUGUUGAACUGAAGAAGGCCUAUAGGCAGCUGGCAGUGAUG